AGGAUGAGUGGACUUCAAAGAUGUAUUUUCUUGGGACUGCAGAUCCUGAUCCUGUUGAAUGCUGUUACUGCAGCAGACGUUUCCUCGAGUGGAAAUGGAAAAUGGCAUCAUCCAAUGCACAUAAAGGGCGAGAAUGCAAAUCUUAGUCCUCAAAUCAUCGGGGGAUCGCAGGCUGCUGCAGGGAUGUUCCCGUGGCAUGCGUGGCUGGACAUACAACAAAUCGGCUCGGUUGGUGGGUAUCUGUGCGGUGCUUCGCUGAUCGCGGCCAAGUACGCCAUGUCCGCGUGUCACUGCAUCCAGUCGACGUCCAAAUUUAAGCAUGACAUUGUGCUCGGCACAAUCAACAAGAAUACACCCACCGCGGGCUACGUUAGGAAGACCGUUGCAGCACCUAUUUGCCACGAAUCUUAUGUAUCCUCUACGGCACAAAAUGACAUUUCUCUUCUUCCGUUUGAUAGUCCAGUCACUCCCACUGGUAAUAUUCAAUGGAUCAAUCUGCCCCAACCGUCACUCGCUAAUUUGGUCGGCACGAGGGCCAACGUCAGCGGAUUUGGAAGAAUUUCGGACAGCACUAACACGUUAAGCACUACGCUGAAGUACGCAACUCUGACAAUCACCACUGAUGCGUCCUGCACAGCCGAGUACGGCGCGUCGUGGUAUUACUCGGACGUUAUGAUGUGUGCAAAAGCACCAGCCGCGGACCAAGCAGACUGCAACGGAGACAGUGGCGGAGCUCUUGUGUACAACAAUGGCUCUGCUUGGGUCCAGAUCGGCAUUGUGUCCUGGGGAGGCACAUCUUGCCAGACCACGUCUUCCGUGUACGCAAGGCUCUCAGGAUUAGUUUCCUGGGUUACAAACAAAAUGAACUCGCUUGAUGGAAUAGUAGACACCACUACCACCACCGCCACUGCAACCACCACUGCUGCCUCUGCCACCACAACCACCACUAAAUCCCCCACCACAACCACUACCAAACCUCUCACUACUACCACAACCAGAACAACAACCACCGCCAAAACAACAACUACCAAACCUACAACCACCAAAAAAACCACCACUGCCAAACCCACAACCACCAAAAAACCUACAACAACCAAAGCACCAACUACUCCCAAACCUCCACAAUGCGCAUCAAAGGAUUUCAAGAAUAUGCUGACAAAGUGCUGCUCUCCACCUGCUAAAGAUUUGCUUGCUAAGACAUACAACAAAGCAAUAGAAACCACUUGCAAAAAAGUCGGCGGCGACAACUCUGUGUUUAAUUCGUUUGUCCUCAACAAGCUGCAGAAUAUUAAGAAAAACAACAGCGUGGACCUAAACGAUGUUACCACCUUGACAAAGCUACUCGGCAAAGCUGCUUGCUACAUUCAAUGCUAUCUCAACCAAAGCGGAGCUAUUGACAGCACUGGAGCAAUUAAUGUCGAUGUGUUGACCGCCCUACUGAUCGCAAAUCAAGACCCCGCUGGUCCCUGGAUUGAUAUUAUAACUGAAGCAGUUAGCAACUGCACGUCCCUGAUCAGCGAGUUGCCCCUGCCGCAUUUGACAUCUGGCAAGAUCAAGUGCGAUCCGACCGGUGCACUCGUAGUGCAGUGUGUUUUGGCAACAAUCAUUGAUCAAUGCCCAUCAAGAGUAACGAGCAGUACCUGCAAGAGUGACUACGCUCUGUACGAUCAGUGCAAAAACUUUGUCAUCGAUGCACUCAUGAACAUUUCCGCAAAGAAAUAAAUCCUUACUUCCCUUGUUAUGAUUGGAAACUUUGUAUAUUUGGCGCUUAACUGAGAAAUUAAUUAAUAAUAAAUACGAUAUGA